UCUCAACCAGAGAGCCGACAAAGCGCAGCAGAGCUGAGCUGGCGGCCCCAGCAGCACAUUCCUACAGCUGUUCAAAGCUGAGGAAAUCCUCAGGGCUGAGGUAGGCUUCCCUGCAGCUGGGAGUCAAAAUGACUUCAGUGUAAUGAAAGUUUUCUAGCCUGACAUUACGGCUGACUUUCUCCUCUAGCUGUAGAAUCCAGCAGGAGACAUUGAUUCUUGGAAAUCAGUGAUUAAUAAAGAGGACAGACGUCAGGAAGUCUCCUAUCAGGACAGAGCUGAAGGAGCGGGUCUAACGCAGUCCAGACCUUCAGCAUUUCACCCCUUAACCUCUGUCCAUUAAUCCCUCCCCCCUCAGUAAACUGACUGGGGGGCAUCUCCACAGGAACUCAGCCUCAGACAUUAACUGAAACACCGUGCGCUACUUUCCCUACUUGCCCCCCCGUGGCAGCUGCUGUGUGGAUGGAAGGUCAAACUCAGGCUCCAAUGGGGGAGUCGUGUCACCCCCGUUCUCCCUCUCCAGAGGGGGAGACUGUGUGUGCAGCUCUGGCUCGUUUUGAGAACACUUUGCAGGAUGCAAUCAGGAACAUCCAAGCGGAGGUUAGCACUUUUAAGCUGGAUAUAGAGCGGCGCUGUGAGGAGACGGCCAACCUGAGCGGCCCCCUGGGACGGGCGGUCCUCCAGCUCCAGCAGGAGAACCAGCAGCUCCGGAACCAGCUGGAGGCUCUCACAAGGCAACUAGAGCUCCUUAACGGUGGAACGUGUGAGUGGAACAUGAUAAGCAAUAACCACAAUCACAAGAAUGAACUGCAUGAUGCCCAGAGGAACCACCAGGACGUGAAGGAGGUGAUUCAUGGCAAAGGUCAAGUGAGCACCCAGAGCCAGGCUCCUCACCACAUGCAGAACUUCCCUGUGGAAAACCUGGCGCCGUCCUACAACAGGCUCAGCAGUCAGUCGAACCGUGCCACCCGGUCCUCUUCCCCCACCAUAUGCAGCAGUCCUCCAGCUGCUUCCAAAGGAUCCUCCAUGGUUCUGAGCCCGGGGACGAGCAGCAGCCCCUCCAUCACGCGCUUCUCCAGCAGAGCUACCUUCGCUGUUUCCAGCAUGACCAACAGCAUCGAGCGGGAGGAGCCGAUAGAAGUGGACCCGGCCCCGAUGCACCCUGGACUGGAGCCUGGGCCUGCUGCUGCUACAGAGGAACGUUCCGUAUCUCUGCAUGGAAAGAUCCCCCCCCCCACAGACGGCCUUGUUGAACAUGCAGCUCCUGUCACGUUGCGGAUGCCCCAUCUCCCCAUCACAGCUACAACCAAGACGGUUGAAAUCAGGCCUUCUCCCGGCAGCCCCGUUGGCUCCCUGUCCUCCCCGCUCUCUGAGGAUUCUCCCAGCAAUAACUCCGCUCCCACUUCCUCUCAGCCAGCAGACGACUCUGGCCUUCAGCAAGCCUCUGUCUCCAAGACAUGGACGUCUACACCUGCAGGAGCUCUGGGAUCAGCAGAUCUCCAGGAAAAAGCAAACUCAGCUCCUGCAAAGUCUGUGACCUACUCAGGGCUGCCGCAGCCCGACAGAGACGACAGAGCCUUGGGCCAGGUGGGAGAGCGGAGGCGGGAGCUGGUGAGAUCUCAGACUCUCCCUCGUAGCAUCGGCGCUCAGACCCGUCGAUCUCUAUUCGAAAGAUUAGACUCUGAAGCCGGGAAGAGCCGCCCUAAACAAGCAGGGCUGAAGCGCUCGCAGAGUUUCGGCGUAUCCAGCGCCAGCAGCAUCAAGCAGAUUCUCCUGGAAUGGUGCCGUUCUAAGACUGUUGGCUACCAGAACAUCGACAUGCAGAACUUCUCGUCCAGUUGGAGUGACGGCAUGGCUUUCUGCGCCCUGGUCCACUCCUUCUUUCCCACUGAGUUUGAUUACGACGCUUUGUCACCUGCCAAUCGCAGACACAACUUUGAGCUGGCCUUUGGGACUGCAGAAGCCAAGGCAGGCUGCGACCGGCUCAUUGAGGUGGAGGACAUGAUGAUCAUGGGUCGCAAGCCAGACCCCAUGUGUGUCUUCACCUACGUCCAGUCCCUCUACAACCACCUGCGCAAGUUUGAGUGAAGCUCAGGAACAUGGCCAGCUUCCUGACGUUCAACCUUUCUUUGCUGUCAACCUUGUUGGCUUCAGAGCCAUUUCCAAAGCCAGGAUCGCCCUCUAGAGGUGAACUGAUGCACUUCCCCUCCAGCUCACCACUGAAGCAGACUGAAAGUGGUGGGAGCUGGAAUGACGGUACGCCUUGGACGGAUUUAUUGGGAAUGAGCAACACAGAGAUCUGUUUUUCUUUUUUGUUUUAACGUUUUAUUGUUUUUAUGAUGUUUAUUGGUGUGUGAAAAAAAAAACUGAAGAUGUGAAGAUGUGCUUUGUUUCAUGAAAGACACCAGAUGUCUGCGACAACAAAAAAACAUGAUGAGCUGCUGAGUGAUAUUCUGGGGGAUGUUUUGUUAUCAGGAGGAGAAGAAAAGAACAGAGCCAAUAAAGAAUUCUGUUAUUUGGGGUGUAAUAAAAACACUGAGCAAACAUUAAGAGCAGUUUUAUCACAGCUAUGGGGCCCAUGGCCGCCCCUGUAACCCAACAAGGUCAUUCUUGUUCUCAUAUGGAUGUAAAUCCCAUCCUCCUUAAAGGAAAAGUCGCUCAUAUUCAGAAUUCAAACUUCUGAAAGUUCUUUAAAUCUGAAAUGAUUCCAUCCUGUUCAAUAAAUGAUCAGUGUUUUUAAUUCAGA